GGUCCUGAGACAAUGAAUGCAUCUCUCACAGCCUCUGCCCCAGGUACCAUGAAGAUCUCUGCAGCUGUCCUCGCUGUCAUCCUCACUGCUGCCACUCUCUGCGCUCCUACAUCUGCCUCCCCACAUGGCUCGGACACAACUCCCUGCUGCUUUGGCUAUCUCUCCCUAGCACUGCCUCGUGUCCAUGUCAAGGAGUAUUUCUACACCAGCAGCAAGUGCUCCAACUUUGCAGUCGUCUUUGUGACCCGAAGGAACCGUCAAGUGUGUGCCAACCCUAAAAAGAAGUGGGUUCAAGAAUACAUCAACUACUUGGAGAUGAAGUAGAACGGAGGGUUUCUUGAGCCUCAUUCUGUAUAACUUACCUGUCAUGGCUUGCUCUAGUCCUAACCAGCUUGGGGAUGCCACUCAGCAACCCCCUGCUCCCACUCAUUCCUGGGAGGCAUAGAUGCUACCAUACCAUAGAAAUUGUAACAGCAUUCUCUCCUAGAGCCCAGGAGAUUACUGAGGCCCUGCCCCGUAACAACAGGAAGUCUUCAGGCUCUGAGCUUCAGGCUCCUCAGCUUGGUUUGGGGACAAGAAAAGAAGCCUAUGUAUAUCUCAAGCAAAUAAGAAAAUGGAGAGCCAUGUACAAAUGGUUCAUAUCUCAGGCCCUCACAGGCUCUGCACAGCAAAUCCAAGAAAUUAGCGUUUCAAUAAAACUUCUGAGGCA